GUUAGGUGUUUGCAACAGUGUCUCAUUUUUUAGUGCUACAAUGCCCGAACCCACCAAGUCGGCCCCUGCCCCAAAGAAGGGUUCCAAGAAGGCGGUCACCAAGGCGCAGAAGAAGGACGGCAAGAAGCGCAAGCGCAGCCGCAAAGAGAGCUAUUCCGUGUACGUGUACAAGGUGCUGAAGCAGGUCCACCCCGACACCGGCAUCUCGUCCAAAGCUAUGGGCAUCAUGAAUUCCUUCGUCAACGACAUCUUCGAGCGCAUCGCGGGGGAGGCCUCGCGCUUGGCGCAUUACAACAAGCGCUCGACUAUCACCUCCAGGGAGAUCCAGACUGCGGUCCGCCUGCUGCUUCCAGGGGAGCUGGCCAAGCACGCCGUGUCCGAGGGCACCAAGGCCGUCACCAAGUACACCAGCUCCAAAUGAAUUCGUCAAGUAAGCAUUUUAACACCUAACCCCAAAGGCUCUUUUCAGAGCCACGCAUGUCUUCAACAAAUGAGUUGUAAUCCUUUCA